AUCCGCCGGGCCGGCCGUUCCCCCACAGCUUCCCCCGUUCCCCGGAGCGGGGGGCUAAGCGGUAGCCACAGCCGCAGCAGGUGCGGAGACUUCGGCCCCGCCGCACUCACUUCGGGAGACGAGUGGCUCCCGCCGCUCGCGCUUACCGGGUGUUCCCGGGCGGGGAUCUCGCAGGGGAGGGGGUCCUGCCCUCACCGGGACCCCCAGCCUGUCUCCCCUCCGGGGGCCGGCUCCCUGGCCGCACAGGCAGCGCCGGGCCGGAGGCGCAGGCGGCGGGGGGCACCGCCCCGCACCCCCUAGCGCUCCUCAGGGGCCCGGACGGCUCCGCCCCGGCGAGGCAGCGCGGGCCGGGCCCGAUCCCCAUCCCCGGCGGAGCGGCGCUGGGAGGGCCGGCGCCGAGUCACUUGUUCCCCGCUGUUUCGGCUUUCCCCGGCAGCCGGUGGCCACCACUAGUUUCCGAAGAGUUUUCACACAGCGUUGCCCUGGCGCGGUCUGGAGGGUCGCUGGCAAUCAUCACGUGGGGAAAAAAUACUGCAUGAAUAAUUUCUCUUUAAUACAUGCAACUGGAUAACAGCGUACAAAGCACUCAGAAUGUUAAAGUCUUCAAAUUUAGGGCGUCUGCUUUUAAUAUCUUUAUAUUUUUAAGCGUUUCUUCAGCUGUUUGUAGAAGUCUGUAACGUUGCUGGAAACAUGAUUUACAAAAAAUAAACAAAACCAGCCCUCUAAAUCUUUCAAUUUUUUGUUACUGUAAAUUCAAAAUAACAGAUCAUUUCCACCAAAAGUCGGGAUACCAUGCUGAAGGUAAAUGUAAGCUAUUUGUCAGAAGAAAUGCUUUUCCAGUCAAAUUGCUGUUCUGGAUGCCUUAAAAAUUGUUCAGCCAGUAAAGACGCAGAGAGACUCCUCAGCUGGGUUUCCAGCUAACUGUGUACCUUUACAGUGCGCAACACGGCGCACACGGUUCUGUGCUCAGUGCUUAUAAAGGAUAACCUACACUUGGUAAAGCAGGUGGAAAGAUGGAUGAGCAUCAGCCCUGAAAGGUGGUGAAUGGUGUCCAUCCAGAAUGCAGAUUUCAGCUGGAGAUUCACAAGGAGGAAACAAGAUGCAUGGAACUUCUAAAGAAUGCAAAGCCGGUGGACUACAAAGGAUGUGUUGGAGUUUGGGAUAACAUCACCUGUUGGCGUCCUGCGAAGAUUGGAGAGACUGUCACUGUCCCUUGUCCAAAAGUAUUUAGCCUUUAUUCUGGCAAAUCAGGAAAUAUUAGCAAAAAUUGUACAAGUAAUGGAUGGUCAGAUAUUUUUCCUGACAUCUUAAGUACGUGUGGAUACAAUGACUAUGAGGAUGAUUAUAAGGUCAACUUCUAUGUAAGGGUGAAGGCAAUUUAUACCCUUGGACACAGCGUAUCUCUGAUUGCUCUUACAACAGGAAGUAUAAUUCUUUGCCUUUUCAGAAAACUUCAUUGUACUCGGAACUACAUCCAUCUGAACCUGUUCCUCUCUUUCAUUCUAAGAGCAAUCUCUGUUUUGGUCAAGGAUGACAUUCUCUAUUCCAGCUCCAACACAGCUCACUGUCCAGAGGAUCAAACCUCAUGGGUGGGCUGCAAGGCUAUUUUGGUGUUUUUUCAGUAUGGUGUUAUGGCAAACUUUUACUGGCUCUUAGUUGAAGGACUUUACCUCCACAUCCUCCUAGUGCUAAUAUUCUCCCCCAACAGACACUUCACAAUUUACCUGCUGAUUGGAUGGGGAAUUCCUACCAUAUUCAUUAUUACGUGGACAGUGACACGGAUCAUUUUAGAGGACACUGGUUGCUGGGAUACAAAUGAGCAUGGUGGUCCCUGGUGGGUUAUACGAAUACCAAUUUUAAUUUCUAUUAUAGUGAAUUUUAUACUUUUCAUUAGUAUUAUAAGAAUCUUACUGCAGAAGUUAAGAUCUCCAGAUGUUGGAGGAAAUGACCAGUCACAGUACAAGAGACUUGCAAAAUCCACAUUGUUGCUUAUUCCGUUAUUUGGAGUUCACUACACAGUGUUUGCUCUAUUUCCUGACCGCAGUUCCAAUAAUUAUAAAAUAAUCUUUGAGUUGUGUUUGGGAUCUUUUCAGGGGUUGAUUGUUGCAGUCCUGUAUUGUUUUCUGAACAGUGAAGUGCAAGGGGAGCUGAAAAGAAAAUGGCGGAGUUUGUGCUGGAAGCAGACAGCAGGCAGAGAUUACAGACUCCACAGCUCUUCGAUUUCUCGAAAUGGAUCAGAAAGCGUUUCGCAUCUCCACCAGAAUUCAGGGGCUCAGUCAUUUAUGCAGACAGAGACCACCAUGAUAUAAAUCAGCUAGAUCCCCCCAAACAUGAAAAACUGUGGGAUAUAUCAUUCAUUAUGCAGCUUAAUGUGAUAUUUUAUAAAAUGUACAGUUUAGUGCUUUGCUUUUCUACAUGUUGGUAUUUGGGAAAUUGGUUUGUGCAGCAAACCAGAUAAUAAGAGAGACACCUGCCCCAUGGAUGUUUUCGGGAUUUUUAAUGGCAUUCAUAUUAAUUCUGAUGUUCUCUUGCUGUUUACUGUCUGUAACUAUUCAAAAACUCAUUUACUGUAAUGGCCCCUUUAUCCUCCAACAUGUCUACAAGAUAGAUGUAUGGUGUCCUCUUCAGUGCAGACUGUUUUGGUACAUGUUAAGCUGGUAAGCAAGAAAAUUUCUUACACUUUAUUUAUACUUAAGGAAAUAUUUCUUUCCUUAAGGGUUAGGAAAAUCUUUCCUAAUUGGGAAAAGCAAAAUAUACAUAAAGACAUGUAAGACUAUAAUUAACUGCACUGGGAGUUUAGUGCGCUAAUCCAGGAAAUCAUUAACAUUAUUUAUACAGAGGGAAAAAGGUAGUGCUUCUUGGCUAGUUGAAUAAAUUUCAGAGAUUACUUUCUACAGAAUUUGAUUCAAAUCCUGUUGUUCCCUUCAAAAGUGCCUGGGUUUUAUGUUUUGCUGCAGAACCUUUGCAGGACCUUUGCAGUCCAUAUCAAAAAAGCUACUGUAAUAGUUCUGAUUAAAACAUCAGCAUUCGUCAAUAGUGCUAUUGCGAUCAGCAGGUGUUCUCUUCUGUUUAAAAUCAGAGAUUUGUGGUGAUCUUUUAUUAAACAAUUUUAUGAAGAGGUGCUUUAUUGUUAGAGCAGUCUGGCAUAGGAUAAACAGCCUUGGAUAGUAUAUUACCUAGUGAAAAUACAUUUGUAUAUAAUAUUUUAAUCAAAAUAUGUCUCGAGAACUACAUACUUGGCAGCUAAAACAAGGAAUAUUGAAAUAAAGUUACAACUCCCAUUUAAGGAAUAAUGUAAAUUCUCUUAGCUUAGUUCUAUUCUAUAUCUCUCUGAGCUGAUUUAAAAUUUGGUCCUUACCAUGACUCCAGAAAAAAAAAAAAUUAGACAGAAUCCUUAAAAAUUACCAUAAAAGGCAUUAAUUGAAGGAAUUCUCAACAACGCCAAGCCUCUUGUAUAGCCACUUUGUAAAAAAAAGACAUAGAACUGACGGAUUCUUAUAAACAUACACAGAACUUUUGCACUCUUUGAAACAAAUAAACCUAGUGAUGUUUACUUCUCAUGUCACGUUUGACCAUGUCCACCCUAAAUAGCAAGUGGGAAUAACAUACAUUUGCAUGAGUACCUCUGAUCCAUAAAAUCAAUUGCCCUGAUGUUUCAGAUAACAGAUUGUGUGGAGCUAACAGAAUCCAAGGUCCGUAAUAUUGCCAGGGAAGGGGAAGAAUGGCAGCGAGGGCAUGUCUUGGCAGGCACACAUGUACGUUCUUGAAAACAUCAUCAGUACUGGGAAUAUUGUUGGCAGCCGUCAAAGUGUCCAUACACCUCCUGGUCUGAUUUAAUUUAGCUAUUUCUCAGUCAAACACCGUUUAUUUUAAUGGGAUUACCCUGGAGUAGUACAAAGUUAUGUCAGACCAAAGAUGAAAAAGGCCCCAUAGUUCACCUGUGUGCUGCAGAACAGGUCACUGUGAAUCUUACACGACACUGACCUUUACACACUAAGUAUCGCAUUAAACAAUAAUCACUUGAUGACCUGUUUCUUUGCCAAAUUUACUUUAAAGAAGCCAUUGAUCACCUGCCGUCGUUCAGAGUGUUUUCUGCUGUCGCGUGGUGAAGUCACUGAGAUUCUGGAGUGGAGCAGGCUGCCCUGGGACAGUCUAAGGAGACGCCCCUACGCCUGUAUUUAAACUCUAUAUAUAUUCCCAAAGGCUUUAGACUCAGAAACUUUAGUAUUUCUCCUUGAUCUCUGAAUAACCUAAUCAACAAACUCUUAACUGCAAAUAUAUGCAGACACACCGGAUCUUCGGGGGCUGCUGCUAUACCUAAAUUAAACGCAUUUGUGCACUUUAGGCUUCUUUAAAUAGAAUUAGGACUGCUCAGCUCCCUGAUAUUUGACAUACAGGAUGCACUUUUUUCCCCAGAAUUUCUAGGGUAGAAAGGCACACUUGACAAGAAUUCAAACUUACUCAUCUUUGUGUUCAAAGGAGGUUCUUUGCAUGAGUUGGCACAGAAAGAGAAUGAUGGUAUAGAAAUACAGAUUUUGACUAGCGAAUUCCAUCAGUCUGUUCUGCAUGAUGCAUCGCCAGUUAUACAGGUUUAUAAUUCGUUGUAUCCUAGAGAAAACUAUCUUUGUUCUAAGUCGGUGAGCAUGGAGAAAAUCUGCAUUUUAAUGAUUUCUGGAUUGUAAGACAGUAAAGCUUAAAUAAGAAAAUACAUUUUAGGUUGCAACAAAACAACAUGAUUCCCUUUAACAGGGCCCAGAUGCACUUGGACCUGAUUCUGCUUUUCACGUAGGGAGGAACAUCAUAUGGGACAAUGAAGUUGCACCAGGGGGAGAACAUACAUGCUAUUGCUAAGUUCAUAAAAGACCAUGUGGGCAUGUGAAGAAUGGCACGCAAGAGAAAAAGGUGCUGCAUAUAUUUUUCUUUCAAACCAGUGAAAAGUGGACCACUUUGUAGAACCCCAUCCCUCUAUUAAAAAUCAUAGACUAAAUAGAGAAAACAUGUUUUCUGUGAGACAGUUUAACUUCGUAAUGCUUUGUCCAAGCAUUUACAUGUCAGAAAAGGCCCAGAGGGCAUUAUGGUCAUUUUUUUCUCUCCCAGAAAAUUCUGAUUUCCAGAUAAUUUCAUGCAAAGUUACGGCAUCAACCCCAUCAUCACGGGACCUGUUUGACUUUCAGCCGCCUUUUCACCCACAGAUACACGUCAUAUUAAAAUGUAUGCAAAAGCUGCAAUUCAGUUUGACAAAUCUAGUACUUGAUCAAUGUUUUGCAUCUUUACGACACACAGGAACAAGAUUGCUUCUCAUGGCUUUGUCUUUCAUCGCGUUUUGCACAGCACUGUGGAGGUAAGAGGGCCCACUCUGUGCUGUGGUGACUAAGACUCAAAAGGACAAUGCAAGAAAAUUCUUUGGCUGCCUGCCAUCCCUAAAGCGAGUUCUCACUCAGUCCGAGCAGUGUCAGGGGAGGAGGUAGAGGCAGCAAGAGAAGCGUAUGCUUUCCUGGCACAGCCUUGUCAUGCAGUGGCCCUCCCUUUCUUCAUGUCUUUACUGCCUUUCUCUCUUUGGUUGCAUCAGAGUCUAAUCUGAGUUGUAAAGUUUUCAGAGCACGAAACCUGUUUUGCUGUUCUGACUGAAAAGCCGGUAGCACAUCACGUGUGCUGUAACGUUCCUGAACACGAACAGUCACACAAUUCCUUCUCAUACUGCAGUUAAUUGUUGUACAACCAUGAUCAACGUCAUGGUUCAGCGUUGACUUAAAUUUUCCACUGCAGAGUUGAUUUCAGCUAGGUGCUCGAUAAACUCAGGUGAAAUUCAUCUGUUUCGGUAUCUAAAGCUAGAUGCCUGUUUCUGAGCUAAAGACUCUUUCUAAGUACCUUCCAUAGUCAUCACAGAGAAACAGGCACUAGUUGAAGAUGGUUCAUCCCAUGCUCAGCUGGGCAGCUAAGGCAGGGAAGCUGAAUCAGCUUUUCCUCUAACUUACUAUAAAAUGAGCCCAGGGUAGCUGGCUAGUACUCUAAAUUUCUGACUUUACAUCUCAAGUUAGAUAAGAUGAACCUUUCCAGAAGAGGCCAUUCAGUUAUCUGGUUAAGAGAUGAUGCCCAGGUAUUCCUUUUUAAGCCAACUAAUUAAAAUUUUGGGUUGGCUGAAGUUAUCCUCCAAAAAACGUGCAGUUCAGGCAAUGGAGGAGCCCUCAGUUCCUUCGACAGGGUGCCCUGUGGUUGACUGCCUUCUGUGAUAAAGCCAAUAGCCUCAUGUUCUGUUUUAAUUUGCCUGGCUUCAGCUUUCAACAGUUGUUUUGGGUUGGGUGUUUGGCUUUUUGUCUUCUGUAGAGGGGCCAUAUGCUAAAACAAAGUGCUCUAGAAUAUCAGAAAUUUUCUUUAUGUGAAGGCUCUUGAAAACCACUGUUGAAGUAAAUGUCUUAAUUUCUUCUCUGAGAAACCGAACAUGUCAAAUCUCUCAAAUUCUGACAGCAAGGCAUUUCUGAAAUAAUUUUCUGAUUCUUUUCUGUGCCCUAUUCCACUUGUAAUAGCAAUUAAUUUGUAAAGUAUUUCAGGAUCUCCUCCUUCAGGAGUGCACACAUCAUUGACCGUAUUUCUUAUUCCCACUUGCAGCUCACCUGGUCAUACCUUUGAAAGCUUUGAUUUGCAUUGUCAUUUUAACUGCUGACCAGGAACCGGCUGAUGACAUGUGAUGCGAUUAUUGCUGUCAUGCUUUUUAAAUAUGUUGGCCUUGGAGUCUGGGCCAGGUGCAUUAAUGUGCUUUGCAAAGUAACCUUGGGAAUAUGGAGAGAACCCUUUUAGCUGCUGAAAGCAGUGCUGGCUUUCAUGAAAUGUUAAGAAUUUGACAUGUAUUUAAGCAAGUACUCCGUGCUCUCCAUGUGUUGGAAUUGUACUGUUGUGGCAACAACUCAUAGAUGGCAAAAGAUGACAAAAAGCAUUACAAAAAGCCUCCUAGAGUCAAGCUGGAGGCAGCUCGCCCCACUCUGUAGCAUCUGCUUCAUGUCCUGAUGCCCCCCAGGCAGGCUUCCCUCUGCCUUUAACAGGAUGAAGAGGAAAGCAAGAGGCAGGGAGCCUCAGCACCAGGGAAUCUGGCUGGGACCACGUAGGAAAGAAGGUACCGCCAAGCACAUGUGUCUCACAUUCCAUGCAUAAGGACUAAAGUGAGUCAUUUGCCUUAUUUGUCUCCUAUUUUUGUGAGUUCUGAAAAACUUUUUCUGUUAACUGUGAAUUUGUCCAUUUCAGCAAAGCAAUUGUGAAUGAAGUCCAAAUUCACUUUAUACAGAAUUUUUCAGACACCUCUAAUGAAAAACAAGUUUUAAAUAUGUCUAAUAAAAAGGUAGAAGCAGCAGGCAACCUUCAGAGAAAGCUGCUAUGUAUAUAAGGGUUACUGUCUGAGGAAUUACUGUCUGUGCAUAGGGAUACAGGAAAUACUUGUGCUGACAAAAGUACCUUCACGUUGCCACGAGUGCCUAUAUAAGCUGUGGGCUGUACUACUCUGACAUAACCAAAUAGCAGAAGUUAGUAUGCAGUGCUAUUCUGUUGAAGAAAAAUAAAAUAAUAAUAAUUUGUUCUAACAUGUAUGUUAUGAGAGCAGAUCAUGGUAACAUUUAAAAGGAGCAUACGGUUUCACCACUCUGUUGAACCUGCUUCUGCCCAGUGAUAACAGUACGUUGUUAAAUCUAAGUCAGGAACAUUUCCAUGGUCAGCUAAACCAGUGACAGAAAUGUCCCAACCUCCUUUAUUUCCCAAAGCACUGUAAUACAUUUAUGAUAACUGCAGCUUUUUUUUUUCCCCCAGCACAUUAGUAUGAGUAUUGUUUUGAAAUUCUCUUUUGUCAUCUUUAUCAAUAACUUUUUAUCUGUCAAGUACAGUAAAAAUUAAAGAUUAUGUAAAUGAAUGUGAUUAUUUUUUACAAAAUGUACAGACUAUGAUGUUGUAUAGAUUAAUGUGUGUAAAUAGAUUUCAUUUUCAUACCGUGUAAUUCACUAUAUGUUUCUUCUGGUUUUGCUCUUUUGUUCUUUUCUGGUUUCAGUUUUUAAUGUCACGUACCUAACAGCCUUUUCUGAGAUACGUCAUAUAUAAAGCUGUGAACAAAUAAGCGUUUACGUCUUUAUGCUAUUAGACAUAAUAGUUAAUGACAUCAUAAUGGACUGAAGAGGAAUCAGAGAAUAAAAAUUUUAAAAGUUUUG